AUGGCUCCUCCUAGAGUUAAACACCUGUUGUGGAGGAUUUGCCGUGGUUGUUUACCGUCCCGGGUUAGCCUACGCAAACAUUUUGUACAAUGCCCGGUGGAGUGCCCGGUUUGUGAGGACAAUGAGGAAGAGGAUUGGCAUGUGUUUUUCGGUUGCAAUACCAUUAUCCAAUGUUGGCGGGCAGCAGGUUUGUUAUCUAUCAUUGAGCCUCGUCUUCAUCAUUUUAAUGAUGCUAAAUCCCUUAUUCUUGAUGUUUGUAGUAAAGAAGAUAGGAAGGAAGCGGGGCGGUUUGCUAUGACGAUAGAGGUGAUUUGGAAAAACCGUAAUAAUAUAGUGUGGAAUAACGAUCGAGAGGGAUUCUCUAGAAUGGGUUUGCAAGCCUUCUUUAAUUGGCAAGAGUGGUUUACCGCCCAAGAUAAUCAGAAUAGAAGUUCGAAUUCUCAUACUCCUAUAAACUGGUCCCCUCCUGGUGAAGGGUGGGUUAAAUGUAAUGUUGAUGCUGGUUUUAAUAAAACUUACAGGUCCACAAAUAGAGGGUGGUGUUUUCGUGAUGCCAUGGGUAGAUUCAUUACGGCCGACAUUGCUUGGGAUAUUGGUAAUUUAUCGCCUUUAGAGGCGGAGGCUUUAGCCUUGAAAGAAGCGGUUCAACAUGCUGUCUUUUUGAACAUGAACUGUGUGAUCUUUGAAAGCGACUCUUAG